AAAACCCUUCCUCUCUCUUUCUCUUGUUCGCCGAAAGAAGCGGAAUUCAGAAAUCAGGAGUCCUUCGCAAUGACCGGAAUUUGCCGCAUCGGAAGAGCGGCGACCCAUCUGGCACCGCGGAUUGGACUUUCUCCGAACCACCGAUCCUUUGGAGCCGCCGCAGUUCAGCUCCAAGACGAUUACGACUAUUAUGAUGAAGACCAUUACGAGCUCUACCGCGAUUGGCCUCCGUUGGCACCCAUUGAGGAUUCCGAUGGUUCGAUCGGUGACAGGGGUGUGCAGUGGGUGUUCAUGGGGAACCCUGGCGCUAAGAAACACGUCUACGCCGAGAAGUUGUCGAAGCUUCUGCGAGUCCCUCACAUUUCCAUGGGCACCCUUGUUCGUCAAGAGCUCAGCCCUCGUUCUUCUCUUUACAAGCAAAUUGCGAAUGCGAUGAACGAAGGGAAGCUUGUACCUGAAGAUAUAAUCUUUGGACUUCUAUCGAAGAGACUGCAAGAAGGCUAUUACAGAGGUGAAACUGGGUUCAUCUUGGAUGGAAUUCCCCGAACUCGAAUCCAAGCUGAGAUCCUGGACCAAAUUGCUGAUAUCGAUCUAGUCGUGAAUUUCCGAUGCUCAGAGGACUGCGUGUUGAAAAAACACCUUGGAAGUAGGAUUUGUGCUCAAUGUCAUGAAAGCAGUCCUGUAAGAAAUUCAGGGACAACGCUUGUGAAAACUUCCUCUGCUGGUGUUGAAGAUGCCCAGACAGUGAAGCUCCAAGUCUAUGAAGAACAGAGCAAGCCCUUGGAAGAUUACUAUCGGAAACAGAUGAAGCUUCUUAACUUUCAAGUGAAUGGGGGUCCUGGAGAAACCUGGCAGGGGCUCUUGGCCGCCCUACAUCUGCAGCACAUCAAUGCAAUCCAUUCGUCACAGAAGAUUAAUGUUGGUUUUUGAUCACUCCCAUUAGCUCAUAUUGCAUUGUGGUUUUCACUUUUCACACGGCAGUAGAUUCAGGCGGUGUAGCAGUUUUAUGUUUGCUGGAGUAUUCUGUAAUGAAUAGCUCUCGACUGGUUUCGAGGAUCCCUGGGGGUUAGGGUUUUUCUUUUCAUAGUGUUAUAACCGUUUGUUGCGUAUGCGAGUUUGUAAUAUUUUGGUGAGAAGACAAAUCGAAGAGAACAUUGGCUCCUGUGAGCCUAAAGUAGGGCAACCUCAAGGUUUGCUCGCUUAUAUUUUUGGGUUGAGAUGAAUGAAAGCUCAAUAUAGUUUUCUAUUCCC